AUGAUUGGGGAAAACCCCCAGGGUCGUGCAGAAACAACCAACGCAAGCCGUGUUUUCCCUCCUCUCUAUGUCUCCACCGGGGACGUAUCCAUUGAUAGGCUCGCCUUUUUCCACAUAUUGGAAAGACUGAAGACUCAGAAACGGACUGGAUGGGUCGACCACAAGGUUCCUGCCCCAGAAAGCAUUUCCGAUCAUAUGUAUAGAAUGGCAAUGCUUGCAAUGUGCACAUCCGAUGCUCGUCUUGACUCGUCAAAAUGUGUGAUGAUGUGUCUUGUCCACGAUCUCGCUGAAGCACAGGUAGGUGAUAUCGCACCGCGUGAAGGCAUGCCAAAGGCUGAAAAGAGACGCUUGGAAGCGGAAGCGAUGCACAACUUCGUUCAUGAUAUGCUUCACAACAGCGCUGCCGCUCAGCGCAUAGAAGCUCUCUGGAAGGAAUACGAAGACGGCGAGAGUGAUGAAGCCCGCUUUGUCAAAGAUCUUGACAGAUUCGAGAUGGCUUCACAAGCGUCAGAAUACGAGAGGAAGCAUUCUAUGCAAUUACAGCCCUUCCUCGAUACUAGUCUUCCGUUCGUCCAACAUCCCGAAGUGACAAGAUGGGGACAAGAUCUUAUUGCCGAACGAGAGAGGAUGCGUUAA